AUGUCUAUUGCAUCGUUGUCCCGUACUUUACCUUACAUUGCAAAGAGUUAUUCCACCCUCUUACCUACACGUAACCCUUUAAGAAGAACAAUGGCUACUUAUAAGAUUUUAAAUGAGACGUUCGAGAAACCAGAUCUUGAUGAUAGAAAGUAUAGAUUUAUUCAAUUACCAAAUAAUUUACAGGCAUUAUUGAUUCAUGAUCCAACCACUGAUAAAGCGGCAGCUGCAUUAGAUGUUAAUAUUGGUGCAUUUGAAGAUCCAGAAGAAUUACCUGGUUUAGCACAUUUUUGUGAGCAUUUAUUAUUUAUGGGAUCAAAGAAAUUUCCAGAUGAAAAUGAAUAUUCAAGUUAUUUAAGUAAACAUGGUGGUUCAUCUAAUGCUUAUACAGGAUCUCAAAAUACAAAUUAUUAUUUUGAAAUUAAUAACGAACAUCUUUUUAAUGCUUUAGAUAGAUUUUCUGGGUUUUUCACAGGUCCUUUAUUUAAUAAAGAUUCAACUGAUAAAGAAAUCAAUGCUGUAGAUAGUGAAAAUAAAAAAAAUUUACAAAAUGAUGUAUGGAGAAUAUAUCAAUUGGAUAAAUAUUUAUCAAAUCAUGAACAUCCAUAUCAUAAAUUUUCUACAGGUAACGUAAACACAUUAGGUACUAUCCCGACUUCUCAAGGUUUAAAUAUAAGAGACGAGUUAUUAAAAUUCUAUAAUAGAUGUUAUUCUGCUAAUUUAAUGAAAUUAUGUAUCCUUGGUAGAGAGGAUCUUGAUACAUUAUCAGAUUGGGCAGUACAAUUAUUUAAAGAUGUCCCUACUAUAGAUCGUAAAGUUCCUGAGUAUCCAACUCAAGUUAUUACAAAGGAUUAUUUUACUAAGAUUAUUAGAAUUAAACCAGUAAAAGAUAUUAGGAAAUUAGAAAUUACGUUUGGAGUACCUGAUAUGGAUGAACAAUGGGAAUCGAAACCAUCUCAUUUCUUAAGUCAUUUGGUUGGUCAUGAGGGAUCAGGUUCAUUAUUAGCAUAUUUGAAAAAAUUAGGUUGGGCCUAUGAAUUAUCUGCAGGUGGUCUUACUGUAUCUAAAGACAAUGCUUACUUCUCAAUUAAUAUUGAUUUGACUGAAAAGGGGUUAGAGAAUUAUAUCAAGGUUAUUCAUAUUAUAUUUCAAUAUAUUGAACUUCUUAAAAAUUCUUUACCUCAAGAUUGGAUUUAUACUGAGUUGGCUAAUAUCUCCAAGGCAAAUUUCAAGUUUAAACAAAAGGGUAGUCCUUCAUCUACUGUAUCAACACUAGCUAAGAAAUUAUCUAAGGAUUAUAUUCCAGUGGGAAACAUUCUAAGUUCUGGUCUGUUCACUAAGAAUGAACCAGAAAAGAUAAUUGAGUUCACCAAGUCUUUAACUGUUGAAAAUUCAAGAUUUAUGCUUAUCUCAAGAGACUUAGAAACGGAUUCUGAAGAAAAAUGGUAUGGUACGGAAUACAGUGUUAUAGAUUAUCCCGAAGAAUUGUUGAAAUUGACUGAGAAUCCUGGUUUGGAUAGUAGUUUACAUUUGCCUCAUCCAAAUGAAUUUGUUGCUAAUAAUUUUAUAGUUGACAAACAAGAAGAUAUUGUUCCAUUGAAUGAGCCACAUUUGUUACAGGAUAACGAAAAUGGUAAACUUUGGUAUAAGAAGGAUGACAGAUUUUGGCAACCAAGAGGUUAUAUUUAUAUCUCAUUAAAGUUACCACAUACCCAUGCUAGUAUUCUAACUAGUAUGCUUUCCACUCUAUAUGUUCAAUUAGUCAACGAUUCUUUAAAGAAUUUGGAGUAUGAUGCAUCAUGUGCUAACUUACGUGUCUCUUUUGUCAAGAUUAGUCAAGGUCUUGAUAUUACUCUUACUGGGUUUAAUGAAAAAUUGGCUAUUUUAUUGAGUAGAUUUUUGGAAGGUGUCAAGACAUUUACCCCAGAUAGGGAUCGUUUUGAAGUUUUCAAGGAUAAAACUAUUCAGCAUUUGAAUAAUUUGAUGUAUGAAGUUCCGUAUGGUCAAAUGUAUACCAUUUAUAACUCUCUAACCAGUGAAAUAUCUUGGUCUACAAAGGAAAAAUUAGAAGUUGCUAAACAAUUAACAUUUGAACAAUUACAAUCUUUCAUUCCAACUAUUUACCAAGAAAUGUAUUCUGAAAUUUUAGUUCACGGCAAUUUAAAAUAUGAGGAAGCAAUGGAAAUCGAUUCCUUAGUUGACAAAUUAAGAGAAAAUUCAGUUCAAACUUCCCAAGUGGAUAACAUUAGAAUGAGAUCUUACAUAAUUCCAAACGCAAAGACAUUUAGAUAUGAAACUUUGUUGACGGAUAAGAAAAAUGUGAAUUCCUGUAUUCAACACGUUACUCAAUUGGAUGUUUAUACAGAAGAAUUAUCUGCUAUGAGUGGGUUGUUUGCCCAAAUGAUUCACGAACCAUGUUUCAACAUUCUGAGAACAAAGGAACAACUUGGUUACGUUGUAUUCAGCUCCAGUUUAAAUAAUCAUGGUACAGCAAACAUCCGUAUCUUGGUCCAAUCCGAGCAUUCAACACCUUACUUAGAAUGGAGAAUAGAUGAAUUUUAUAAGAAAUUUGGUUCCAUGUUAACAGAUAUGACGGAGAAGAAUUUUAAGAGACAUAAGAAUGCUCUGUGCAAAAAUUUACUCCAAAAGUAUAAAAAUAUGAAUGAAGAAAGUUCAAGAUACACCGCCGCUAUUUACUUAGGGGAUUAUAACUUCUUACAUCGUCAAAAGAAAGCAGAAUUAGUUCAAGCAUUAACCAAGGAGCAAAUGAUUGCAUUCUAUGAAAGAUAUAUCAAUGGACCAGAUACCACUAAGUUGGUUAUCCACCUAAAAUCACAAGCUGAAAAUAAGAAAAUUGAUAGUGAAAAGGAACUAGAUACUGCAGUUUAUCCAUCCGGUAUACUAAUCGAUGACAUUCGUCAAUUUAAGUCUGCAUCGUUCCUGGCACCUAUUCGCCAACCUAGCAAAAAAUUCGAAAUAUACGAAUCAAAUAAUUAG